AUACGGAACGUCACUUGCAAACGUCAAACAAAAAUAUUACUCGCGUGUACCGUACAGACGUGAAUUUUAUAAAAAUUGAUUUUUUAUUUUCAAUCUAAUACUGUGUCAACCACCGAUGGCUGGGAAGCUGAAUAAGUUCGAAACCCCCAGUUCUGCUAGCUCGGAUAGUGACACGGAAUUGGCUUUGGAGCUGGGAGAGCAAGUGUUCUUGGACGAUGAAGACUAUUCUACGAGAGCCCCGGCCUCGCCGACCACGGUCCCGAAUGUUCGCCCGUACCGGCCUCCGUCCACAGGAUCAAACAUCCUCAAGUCGCCGCGGGCGCGGCGCGUGCGCACCACAUCAAUGUCGCAGUCAAACAAGCGUACGGCCGCCGAAAGCAUAUUACACGCUGACAGGCGUACCAUAUAUACGGCCGGGCGUCCGCCUUGGUACAACUGUACGGGCGGGCAGGAGGUUGAACCGUUCCUCAUUGGUAUUUGCGGCGCAAGUGCUUCCGGAAAGACUACAGUCGCCGCGAAAAUAAUAGAAUCUCUUAACAUGCCGUGGGUCACCAUCGUCAGCAUGGAUUCCUUCUACAAGGUAUUAAAUGAGAAGCAACACCAAGCCGCGACCCGGAACGAGUACAAUUUCGACCACCCGGACGCUUUUGACAUGGAACUACUGAGUGGAGUGCUACAGCGACUCAAAGAGGGCAAGAAAGUUGAAGUGCCGAUAUACAACUACGUCACGCAUUCUAGGGAGAAUCGCACUAAAACCAUGUACGGAGCGAACGUGAUAAUCUUCGAAGGCAUCCUAGCCUUUUACAACAGUGACGUCCUUAACAUGUUGGACAUGAAAGUAUUUGUGGACACUGAUGCUGACAUAAGACUCGCCAGGCGACUUAGAAGGGAUAUAGUCCAACGCGGGCGCGACCUGGAAGGCGUGCUGAAGCAGUACAUGACGCACGUGAAGCCGGCCUACCAGAGCUACAUCGCGCCCUGCAUGGCGCAUGCGGACAUCAUAGUGCCGCGCGGAGGGGAGAACAAAGUCGCCAUACAUCUGAUAGUACAGCACGUCCACAAACAAUUGCAACUGAGAGGCUUCAAAGUUCGAGAGAAGCUCGCUAUCGCGCAUAUCGGUCAGCCUGUACCAGACUCCCUAUAUCUUCUCAAAGAUACGCCACAAGUGCAAGGUCUCCACACGUUCAUCCGCAACAAGGACACGCCCCGCGACGAGUUCAUAUUCUACUCCAAACGGCUCAUGAGACUCGUCAUAGAGUUCGCGCUGUCCUUGUUACCCUACUCGGAGAGGACCGUUGAAACGCCUCAGGGAUUCUCUUACAAAGGUCGUAAAUGCGACGUGGAGAAAAUCUGCGGCGUUUCCAUCCUCCGAGCCGGCGAGACCAUGGAACAAGCCGUGUGCGAUGUCUGCAAAGAUAUCCGUAUAGGCAAGAUACUCAUACAGACCAACCAGGAGACUGAUGAGCCUGAGUUAUACUACCUCCGCCUACCAAAGGACAUAAAGGACUACCGCGUGAUCCUCAUGGACGCCACCGUGGCCACGGGCGCCGCCGCCAUCAUGGCCAUCCGCGUGCUGCUCGACCACGACGUGCCCGAGGACCACAUCAGUCUAGUUUCAUUGCUCAUGGCGGAAAUUGGCGUUCACUCGAUAGCAUACGCUUUUCCACAGGUAAAAAUCGUGACAUCCGCCUUAGACCCCGAGAUCAACGAGAAGUUCUACGUUCUCCCCGGCAUCGGGAACUUCGGCGACCGCUACUUCGGCACCGAGCCCGCCGACGACGAGUGAGACUGAACCCACUGCCCAGCGCGUAAGGCUGAUUAUUGACUGUACUUGUGUACCCCGUUUUUUUAAGAUUAGAAUUUACUAACCUCAAAAGUAGUGGUAAUUAUAAAACUCCAUACUAUAGUUCGUUUUUUAGCAUUAGAAUAAAGGUAAACAAUCUUGACGUAUCUUUUUUAUUGAAGAACACUUUUGAAAAAUAAGUCACGGCAAUUAGUAACAAUAUGAAUCAUAAACGAUUAUUUAAAUUUUUUGCUUUCGUAAGUAAUAGUUACUGAUUUUGAAAAGCGUUUUUCAGUUAAAAGACACGACAAGAUCGCUAUAAAUUGUUGCCAUGUUUGAGCAUUUUACAUCAAAAAUAUGACAGUUGCGUAAGAAGUGGUACCUUCAAUAAUUUUCUACAAUUCCUCGUCGGACUAUAUUCGGAUUUAAUUUUGGAGGAAAAAAGUUACCACUACUUUUAAGGUUAUAUAAUUUCUAAUCUGAAAUAAAAACGGACUAUAGACGUAGCCAGUAUCAUAGGCAAUACUACGCGAACUCUGCAUGGCAUUAGCACAAAGUGUGGCAACGUCAUGAUCAAUGGCAUAUAUCUAUGAAAAUAUGACGUUUAUAAUGACAUUAUGACAUAUCUUUGUACUAUUCAAGUCUUACAAAGUUAGCUCAGAUGGACUCUGCAGGGGUGGUUUUUGUUCUUGUAAGUUAUGUGUUCUUAGGGUUCCCUGAAAUUAUACGUUAAUCCAGCUCAGAAUGACGAGCACUAUUGAUUCUACUAGACUAGAAAAAAAGUAUCCCAAUUUUUCUAAUCCACUAACGGUAUUUGUGCUAUUCUUAACCAAAAGGGUACUAAUUAUUGGUUGUCAGUAAGGCGCUAUUUCCAUAUAGCUUCAAUUUGAAAUCAACCUUAUGGACAACCGACAAUGUGGUACCUUUAGGUUGAAAACGUCGCAUUUUCCUACGGGCACUUGAAUGGAGGUAACGUUACUAGUGAAUAGAAUCAGGCGUUACUUUGCGGAAAUCCAUAUUAAUUAUUAAUCCAUAUUAAUAUUCUUUAUAAAUUGCAUGUAAAAAAUACGCAAGUAAGUAUAACGGGUUAGAACUGAUUGACUAGUACGUUAUCUUUUACGCGGAUUAGCAAAGUAAUAUCUUGGUUUUAGGUAACGUAACUGCCUACGAGCCGAUGUCCUUUUAAAAGGACAUUAUCAAAUUGAAUUUUGAACUAUAACGGAAUAAAAGAAGGUUCUAAAUUUUUUGUCCCGGUAGAAUCAAUAGUGCUCGUGAUUCUGAGUAUGAGUACCCUAAAAUUUCUGAGAACACAGAAAACUUAAAAAAACACCUAAAAGUUCCAUUCCAGUAAAAUUCAGUUAAGAGUUUGUGGUUAAAGUACGUCUAAGCUAACUUUACGCUGACAAAGUGUGGAAGGGCCAGUAUAAACCUCAUACUUAAAGAAAAUGUUAUUGUGGUGGCACUUUCAUACUUUGUUAUUUAUCAAGUCGGUAAUUUUAAGCUUUGGCUGAAUAUAGUACUGUUGCGUUAAAAAAAUAUACGAAAACUUAUUAUCUGCCUGUUGUAACCUAUAAAGCUCAUUUGUAUUAAGACAAUUUUAAAAUUUAUUAAAUAACGGCUUUUAUGUUACAUUUGCAAGAUACGGACUAGAGGAAUUAAAUGUAAGUUAUUACCAUAGACGGUAAACGUUUGUCCUAAGCAUUAAGAAUUGUCUUUUGUAGAACAUAAUUUAUGUCUAUUCGUAUCAAUGUAAUUUCAAACGUGAAAAGGACUUUGAAAGGAAAUUGAUCCUUAAUUCAUUUAAUCGCAAGUUGCCCCUUGAUAAUAUAACUUUAUCAGCUUUGUAUUGAUGAAAUAUAAAAAUAUCAUAUAAUCUUACUUAACUGUGUUAGGCAAUGACGAUGGUAUAACUUUGCCUUAAAGUCGAGAUUUCUAUGACAGAUUUGGGAUUAUGUUGUGCCUUGAUAUAAAUAAAUGAAAUAAUGAAAAUAGUUAAAAGCAGAACACGGUGGUCCUUGGUUUAAUCAUAAAUUUUUGGCGUUCCGUAGAAAACUUUGUUCACGGAAUAAUAUUUCUAAGAACUAUUCGAUAGAUAUGUAUUACUAUAUUUUAUGGUCAUAGGAAAGCUGUUCUAUGAUACUGAAUUUUAUAAGUAUCGUCAACCUUUUGUGAUGUUCUCUGAAAAGGACAUUAGGUAUAAUGUUUUUAUUUUCGUCGAAUAUUAACUUUUGUGUAGUUGUCAAUUUGCUAUGGAAGUCUAUGCUGUUUUCGAACACAUAAAUGAUAUAUAUAAAUAUAAUUAGAUAUUACAUACUUCAUUGUAGGUUUUUUUUCUAGAAUGGCAAAUUACGUAGAAUCUAGUCCACAUUGUUACUUAAUAUUUUUAAGAUAUCGUUAUAAUUUAUUGAUUAUUUAUUUCGUGCGUCAAUCCAAAAAGUACUUAAAACUAAAUAACGAAAUUAACGAAAAGAGAUACAGAUAGUAGUACAAAGUAGUUCUUAAUAUAAUUUAUUGAAACUUAUUUAAUUAUGAAGUUACAAACUGAUCAAGUCAAAAUGAACCAAAGAUUUGGUUGUUCCUAAAUAAAUAUAAAUUAUAACACCGUAAUAUUUGCUAUAUAUUUAGUAAACUAACGUGAAUAAUAUACUAAAACUUUGAAACCAAAAAAGAACACAAACUUCCAUAGUAACUUGUCGCAACAUAAACGUUAAACUAAAUGUAAAUUGGACUUUGACACACUAAUGAUACUUACGAUUUUGACUUUUUGUAUGUUUAUAAGAUCUCAGAAUUGGUUCAAAACAUUGCAUAUAUACAAAUGUACCCUCCUAACUUCCGAUGUCCUUUAAAAUGGACAAAUUUAAAUCGACUUUUGAACUUAACUAUUUGACAUCAGAGAAGGUUUCAAUUAAAAUUGCAAACAUAACCCUAGAACCUACGAGGCGUUAGUAGGUAUCAUAUCUAUUAAGUUCGGAUACGUAUUUGUAUAUAUUUUAUUUGAACUUAAAAGAUAAAAAUUUGCGGUAAUGAUACUAGCAAUAUACUUAAAUAAAACAACUCUCUCAACUCUUAAUUCGUGUACUUCCAGUUUUACACUUAUUAUGAUUUACUUAUUUUUAUAUAUCCAAUAUAUGCCUUAAAUGUUGCGAUGAAAAUGUAAACCUAAAUGUCAUUUUUUUUAAUAAAAAAUAAAGCAAAUUUUCAUUGUAAAGUGUACUAUUAAAAGAACACAUUUUUAAUAUGCACAAAAAAUAUAAUUCCAAACGGGUAAAUGAGAUCCCAUAUAAUUAUUCCAUGUACUGCCACGAUUUUAUGUAUUUGUACUUUUCAGUAUUACAUUUUAUUAAACGCCUAAUUUCCCCAGUUCCUGUGUGUAUAUAUUAUUGUUGUUAUUAUAUCCUCCUAAGGCCCAGCCAUACAAAUGAAUAAUCCAAAAUUUGCCACUGCAAUUUGAACCUAUAGUGUAAGAAACAGAGUUGAUUUUGCUUUGUAUAAAAAUUGAACGACGCAAAACAAAUGCAACUCUGUUCCAAUUGGAUAUGAUUUAAAUUUCAUCGAACUGAAUAAGUACUAUAGGUAGGACCUUGGGCCUUACGAGGAUAUUUAUCUUACGAUUUGAUAUUAUAUUUAUUUUUAAAUAUAAAACAAGUCACUUACGUCCCACCCGACUGUUUAUUGUACGAUAUGUCCUUCGUAUAGCCUCUAGCCGCCCAUACGUCAAACCUUGCCAAGCAAAAUGAAAUUUUAUUUCGUCAACACAAAGUUAAAAUUAGAAUGGAACAGGAGACCUUUUUAUAGGUCUCUGGGCGGCUAGAGGUUAGGACGAUUGGUUACCGACUUAAAUAUUUUUAAUGAAUGUGUUUUUUAGGUAGUAUGAUUAAAACAAUAUGUUUUCUUUCAUGGGCUGGGACGACAGUAAUACUGGUUGUAUGAUUUGUAUAAUUUCUCAACGCUUACUUAUAAAUAUGCUUAUUUUUUUAGGUAGUCAUAUUGUUAGAGCUGUGUACGCCGAAGCGUAUUUUGUUAAAAAUAUUGCACAGUUGUGUGUAGCAUCGCGAUUUAAGUGUAAAAAAAUGCUUAGAUCGAGUAAAAAAAUACAGCAUACAUAAAAAUGGCAGCAUAAAAGAAUACAGCAAAUAUGUAGCUAAAAAUACAGUUAUUAUUUUCACUUAAAUCGCGAGAUUUAAUUCGAAUCGGGGCUUGCCUCUGCACAAGUACUUAAAUAAGUCUGUGUAAAUAAAUAUUGUGAAAAAUACAAAAAAAUAUAUGUAAAUCAAAAGUGAGAGUAAAUCCACUGAAUUAUA